CCCUCGGACCGGGUAAGCUCCGUUCCGAGGGUCCAGAAAGUCGAUUCCUCUAUCCCUAUCACUCUCAACUCUCAGAUGGCCUCCAGAACCCUCCGACUCUCCAUCUUACGCUCUCUCCCGAUAUUCUCUCGCCGUUGCCUAAAACCAAGUUCAUCCCAAUGGCAGUCCACACGUCAAGCCUUCCCAAUCGGUAGAAGACACUACGCCGUUUCGUCGUUUUAUAACCACGACAUAGCAGGGUUAUCUGAAGAUGAAGCUUCUUUUAGAGAAGCCGUCACGGAAUUCGCUCAAAAAGACGUAGCACCGAGGGCUGCUGAUAUUGAUAGAGAGAAUGUGUUUCCAAAGGAACUAUACCCAUCCAUGGGCGAAAUGGGCCUUCUCGGAAUCACUGUUUCACCAGAUUACACUGGCUUAGGCCUCGGUUACUUCCACCAUCUACUUGCUAUGGAAGCCUUAUCGACCGCUUCGGGUAGUGUCGCACUCUCCUACGGUGCUCAUUCCAAUCUCUGUGUGAAUCAGAUACAUAGGUGGGGGACCGAAGCUCAGAAGAAAAAAUACCUCCCACCACUUAUAUCAGGAGAACACAUAGGAGCACUAGCUAUGAGCGAACCUGGAAGUGGGAGCGAUGUUGUGAGUAUGAAGCUUAAAGCGGAGAAAGUGGAUGGUGGUGGGUACAAGUUGAAUGGGAAUAAGUUUUGGAUAACAAACGGACCAAUCGCAAACACCUUGGUCGUAUACGCCAAAACCGAACCAGAGAGGGGAUCUAAAGGCAUUACGGCGUUUAUCGUGGAGAACACUUUCGCUGGUUUCUCAUCUGGGAAGAAGCUAGAUAAGUUUGGGAUGAGAGGGAGUGAUACGUCUGAGUUGAUAUUUGAAGAUUGUUUCGUUCCGGAAGAAAAUGUAUUGGGUGAAGUGAAUCGAGGAGCUGCGGUUCUUAUGUCUGGGUUGGAUUUGGAACGGUUGGUGUUGAGUGGUGGACCCCUUGGGUUGAUGCAGGCGGCAUUCGAUUUCGCUGUGGAGUAUGUUCAUGACCGAAAACAGUUUGGUCAACCUAUUGGGACGUUCCAGCUUAUGCAAGGAAAGAUAGCGGAUAUGUAUACCAAGAUGAACGCUAGUCGAUCCUAUGUCUAUGCUGUUGCGAGAGCUUGUGAUAAUGGGAAGAUCAGUCGACGGGACUGUGCCGGUGCUAUCUUGUAUUCGACUGAAAAAGCUGUGGAGGUUGCGUUGGAAGGGAUGCAAUGUCUUGGUGGGAAUGGGUAUAUCAAUGACUAUCCUAUGGGUCGGAUUCUGCGAGAUUCGAGGUUGUAUACAGUUGGAGCUGGAUCGCAGGAGAUCAGGAGGAUGUUGAUUGGGAGAGAGUUCAAUGAGGAGUUUAAGGAUUCUGGGUUGUCGUAGUUUGUAGAAGGGUGAUAGUCAAUUUGAUUAUUAGUACAUACUUGAUAGCAAUCCAGCAGCAGAAGCACAAUUUACUAGUGGCA